AUAUACAUAUGGUAGUGACAUAAAUCAAAAUAUUUGAUAAAAAUGAUUUUAUUUGUUCCCAAAGUUGAAUAGACAAAGUCAGAUAGAAGCAAUGUUGCUGUAGCAAAAUAUUUUUAUAUUAAUAACUGGUAUCUAUUUUCCAGGCGUCAGACCACACAUGCGCAAUUAUGAAGCGUCAUGUCCAAAGAAUAUAAUACUCACGUCAUGUCUUUCUAAGGAAGUCGAUAGGUCUUGGUCUAGUACGUCUACUUAAACGUAUUCUUCUAAACGUCAGCCCUUUUGAUUUGAUUCAUAGAAUUUUUAUGUCAAGUCAAAUCUAAAUAAUAUUAUUAGAACGUAGUGAUUAUAUGCUCUUUGAAUAUUAUAAAGAAUAUCUUGCUCGUAUUCGGUAUUCGUAAUAUUUAAGUUGAUGUAAAUACGAACAGUUGUAUAGAGUUUACUAAGAUUUCUAUUCUUAUUUAGUUUGCUAUCUAUAGAAAAUGGAUGUAAAUGCACAAAACCAAAGCUACUGGUUAUUAUUCAGAGAGGACCAGAGCAACGUUAUAUUUAGUAGCAACAACUUUACUAUCCAAAACCCUACACAAAUAACUGGACAAGAGGCAAGGUACAUAGUGAGCACGGGUGAUAACAACAGACAAUAUAUACAAAUUAACGAAGUACCUACAGUACCAGCUCCACAACAGUUGCCCGAGCCCAGUGAAGAGCCAGAAGCUGACAAACAAAAGGUGGAAGACAACUUCUGGGAUAGGAAUAAGAUCAUACUUCUACUCACACUGUGUCUAGAGAACAAGCUAAGUAGCACCAGCGGCACCAAGGAGAGGGCCCUGUGGGAGAACAUUGCUGCUACCAUCGGCACCACUGCCCAGGAGUGCAACAAAAAGUACAGGAACCUAAGGAGAACCUACAUAAGGCUAUUGAAGGAGAAAAAGAUGGGUAGGCACAUUAAAUGGGUCCAUUUCAACCUCUGUGACGAGAUUUACAAGGAAUACAAGAGCCCUUCAUUAUUAGAGCCCUGGGAGGACUUAAAAAUAAGGAGGCUGCUGAGCCUAUACAUAGAGAAUCUACACAGGUUUCGGAAUCCAGAUAUUCUUCAGAAAGAUAUCUGGAAAGAAAUAGCCCUCCAAAUAGGUUCCACAGAGUAUAGCUGCUACCAUAAAUUUAAAAACUUAAAAAGGACCUACUUGACCUGGCUAGAACGGAGCAGAGAAAAAAUUGGAAAAUUUGUCAAGAAGUGGCCUUACCAGCACUUCUUUGAAAGAAUCUUUUACAAUUACAAUCCUAUUCUCAAACCCUGGGAUAGAUUUAAAACAAAACAGCUUUUGGAUGCCUAUGCUCAAUAUAGUCACAAGUUUCAAAAUCCUAAAUUUCAAAAAAAGGAACUGUGGAAAGAGAUAUCCACAAUGGUCGGGGAGAGUCCAAUAGAUUGCGACAGGAAGUUUAGAAACUUAAAGCACACAUAUGUAAAAUUGAAAAGCAAAAUGGAAACCAGCAGACACACUACUAAGUGGCGCUACUUUAAAGAUUUUGAGGCAUUAUUCAGUAGUUUCAGCUCCGAACCCAACAGAUCCACUGACACAGAUCAACAUGACUACAUCUCACAGCUUCUGCAGUUCUAUGUAGACCAUAAAGUUAAAUUUAGAGAUCCACUUACAAAGAAAAAGAAUCUUUGGAAGUUAAUUAGUCCCAAGUUAGGUAUGUCUCCUGAGGAGUGUGACAGAAAGUUCCGUAAUCUUAAGCAGACUUAUAUCCGUCUGGCUGAGCGCAAGGUACCAGGACAGCAAAUCAAAUGGCCUUACUUUUCAUACUUUGAGCAGAUAUAUGGUAAUACAGGCAUCCCUCAGUUGGAGAAUAGAGAAGAGGAUGCAGUGGAGAUCUCAAGGACAGCCAAAGAUGUUCAAGAAAGAAAGGAGAAUGACAGAAAGUUUGAAAGGCUGCUUGUACUAGUAGAGGAGUCAAAUUAUAUACAGAGGGAGAGAAACAGAAUCCUGCAAGCUCUUAUCAGUCAAAAAUGAAAUAUAUUUUUGCUUUUAAAUAA